GAAUGGUUGGCUAUCGGGCUUUUGCUCAACAGGCAGACAACCUCAGCUUCUCAACUAAUUCGUAUUCAGCAUAGCGCCCACGAUUAGUUCCCGUCGAUUUCAACCCCUCCACCUUCACCCGUCGCCUCCUACCCUGCACCUCUGACUCUUUUGCCCAUCUUCGGCCGUUUAAACCCCGCUGUAAUAUAACUUCACAUUUCCAGUCGAUAUGGCCCCUCGUGAAGCAAAGCCAAACGUCCAAAAGGUUGGGCGGAAAUCAUCGGCGCCAAAAGACCAUGGAAAGAGACCUCAAGGUAUCGAGAAACGACCACAUCGCAAGAGUGCGCGCCUAAAAAAUCCAGAACGCCGCCAGGAACGAACCAUACCUGGGGACACAAAUACGCAUGGAGCUCUAUUUCCAAGAGUGAAAGAGAACUCCUUGGAACCUCUAAAAGCUGAGAAUCGAAAACGAAGACGACCGCAAGAAUCCGAAAGCCCACUUAGUGGCGCACUAUCCAAUUCUGCUCGAAAGCGACCGCGAACAUCUGUUACAAGCUCGGUUAUCGGGGAUAAAUCCAUCAAGCAGUCCCCAAAGCGAACGCGAACGUCACCCCGACAACUUGCUAUUGAGGAUACAUCUAUCGGGAGUACGCCGACCGGAGUUGAGGUGAAGGAGAUCAACCCCAUUGAAUUCUGGACGAGAAAACAACGGUGGCCAAAGGAACUUUUUCAACAAGACGAUCAGGCAAGGGAAGAUCUCGAGAAAGACAGCUGGUACGAGAAGUAUUGGGUGCCAGAGAUGAACCAUCUACUUGCCAGGAAGAAAUCAUCAUCCUCUCUUCGCAGGAAGCAAUUAAAUGCCGGCUCUGUCACGGCCAGCUCUGCUACGCCUAGCGAUCAAAAGCCCCGAGAAGUCAAAAGCGCUCCUUAUCAAGAUGGGCGUUAUCAAACUAUUCUUGCCAGUCAAGGCAGCUUCAUGAGCAAAUCAGAACUGGGCAGCACAGAUGCCAGCAAAAGCCUCUGUCAAACCCUACUUGAGAAUGAGCAGACGGUGCCUCAAGAGUCAUUGUUUCGUGAUGACCUAUUUGAAAAAGCCUGCGAAAAAAUACAAAAUAGAAACGAGGCUAGAGUCGUUCAGGAUAUUGCUCGACUAAUCGUCCCUUCUGCGGAAACUCUUGCAACACUCGGAUCGAAACACCUCGAGAGUUUAGUCGAAAGUGUCAACGAAGGCUGGAAUAACUCCAUACCUAUCACCCAGAUUCGUCCGCAACCCGACUAUGCUGUUGGAUUUGGGCGAGAGGCAUUCACAGAAGAUCAACUCAAACGACUGGAACCUUUCGUUGGCGAGCUUACAGAUACCUCUUACUUCAUGGCCACAUACUACAUGUACUUCCCGUUCCUGACAUGCGAGGUCAAAUGCGGUGCUGCCGCUCUCGACGUUGCAGAUCGACAGAAUGCUCAUAGCAUGACGAUGGCAGUGAGGGGUAUAGUUGAACUCUUUAGAUUAGUGAAGCGCGAAAAGGAGCUCCACCGGGAAAUUCUCGCCUUCUCACUCUCCCAUGACCAUCGCACGGUGAGAAUCUACGGCCACUAUCCUAUAAUAAGCGGAGACAAGACAACAUUCUACCGUCACCCAAUCCAUACGUUCGACUUUACAUCGCUGGAUGGCAAAGAGAAAUGGACUGCAUACAGGUUCACUAAAAAUGUCUACGAUAUAUGGAUGCCGACUCACCUCAAAAGAAUCUGCUCGGUUAUUGAUGAGUUACCGCCCGAUUUAGAUUUUGAGGUGUCGCAGCAAUCCGACCUAGGGGGAUCUGGACUUUCACAGGGGUUGCAAAGCCACCAUCUCUCUCGCAAAUCAAGUUAUGGUGCUGUAUCUCUACAAGAGGAAGCUGAAAGCCAGCCAAGCCGUACUCCAUCACGAGAUAUCACUCCAGACACUUCCCUGUCUCAAGGGAUCGAUAAAGCCUUCAAAAAGCCUAAGAAAAGAGGUCGUGCAGUAGAGUUACACCAAUAA